AUGUCAUCAAAUGUUCAAAACUAUAGAAUUAUUAUCUAUGACCAAUAUGGAUUAGCCUGUUUAUUGAAUUUACUUCAAAAACUUAUAAUAUCCUGUUUUUGUGGAAUUUAUUUAUGGAAUAUUCUUGUACUAGGCAUAUUUUUGAUUUCUACUUACAUAUGGUCAAUUGAUGAUGACUCUCGUGACAUGUCAAUAUCUUCAGAAAUCCAAUUUGAAGAAAAUGUUGAUCUACCUAAAAGCUUAAAGUGCAGUAACACUACCUAA